GCCGUCACACCUGUCAAUUUUACACAAAGUAAACACUAGUUACAAGCUAUCAAAAGAAGCAGUAACUAUGCGAUUGCGCAUGCGCAACUAGAACUAAUUACUCCAACUUAUCCGACUCUUAGCUCGAAAUCUAGGCGCAACCUUUUCUUUUACAUACAUACCUUAAGGUAGCUUCUCUACCAACCAGAACAAACUACUACAUCUAAUGGCGACCACAACAACCUCAACCAACGCGGCCACAUACGGGGACUGCGUAGCCGCGCUUCGCACCUCGCUCUCCUUCCUCGAAUCCUCCGUCUCUACUCUCGGCACCGGCGUCGCAGACUACCCUCGCCUCGUCAACGUGCUCAAGAGCGUCCGCCACUACGAACUAAUCCCCCAACCCGCCCUCGUCGCAGCCGAGUCCUCUCUCCGCGACGAAAUCGGCCCCGCCAUAACCACCCUCCUCGACCGAGCCGACACCCACAUCGAGCGCGCGGAGCGGCGCAUCGAGGCGCUGCGGGCGCGGUCCGAGCUGCAGCAGGGGCGCAUGCAUUCUACUUCUUCCAAUCCGACGCCUACCUCGUGUGCCCGCAACAACAACAACAACAACAACAACAACAACAACAACAAUAGCAAUAGAGGCAAGGGCAAGGGCAACGGCAGCGGAGCCGCACGACGAAGAACCGAAACCGAGGGCAAGCUCAAGGCGCGGCAGAAGGAGGCCCUGCAGUAUAGCGUCGAGCGCCUGGAGCUCGAGGUCUUGCAGAAGGAGCGGGAGCUGCGGAAGAGGCUGGAUGCGGCGACUUGAGUGGGGGGUGGGGUUUAUGCUCGCUCUACGGUAUGAUGAAGUAAUACAUAUGGCAAGAUAGAUGAGAUGGUACUGCGAGGAGGUAACUAACACUACGGUCCCGUUUAAACGGGGGGCGAAGUUGCGUCCACGCACGAAGGAGCCGCGAGAUACAUACUAGGAGUAGGUAUGGACCCUUAUGAUUGCUCCUACACUUCGGCACGCUUUAGAUACCUCGGGGUAGGAUGGAAGGGUAAAUGAUGGCGCGCGGCACCUGUCCGCUAUGUCGGUUCUCCGCGAUUGUGAGGAGUUUGGUUGGUCUUCUGUAUUAGACUACGUGUACUAGGCAUUGGUGAUGGGGAAAUUAACGACAUAGAGGGGUUCUAGUCAUGUAGGAGAAGUGAAGAGAUACCCAGAAAUACAUAUUAUCUGAGGGAAGAAGUAGAAGAAGGCAUUUAUAAUGUCACUCGUCGAGGAAGAAUAUCGGUUGCUUAGGGGUUAGUUUAACCUAACUCAGUAAAAAACCACACCUCUUAACAACGGUCUAAGCACUGCC